UCGAUAGACUUGAAAUGGACAAAUCAAAAGACAGAUAAGACCAAUAAGAGACCAGAAGAGCAAAUCCAGGAAAUAAGAGAUGAGGUGCAAAAUACUACUGCAGAACGAAAACUGUCCAAAAAGACUUUGCAACAAUUCAAAAUAGAUCCAAAUUGUGUUAAUGUUAAAAAUAUCACCAACCAUCACAGAACUCAUUAAAAAUACGCAAUUUAGUCAAUCGAAACUUUUUUCCAUAACUUACACACAGUGAAGCCAGUUAGAAUGACCUCACAUAUUUCCAUUUUAUAUCCCAUAAUAAUGGAGGAUGUUUAAAGACAUUUUCCUUACUUUCCUCAAAAACCCAAACUACAAAAAAGUGUGAAAAACAAUCAGAAGACUAAGCUGUUAAGGAGAGUGAAGACGCUGGCUGAAGGACAAAGUCAUUAAUUUUUGGAGGCAUGUCCUGAGGUCUGAUGAAACGAAAAGUGGCAGCAUCGUGUUGUGGGGGUGUUCUGCUGCAGAAGGUACUGGUGCAAAACAUCAUGGUGAAAGAACACUACAUUUCAAAUCAUCCCCCAGGAUGUUAAAGCUUGGACCGAAAACCAUCCAUCCAUUGUCUGUACCUGCUUAUCCAUGCAUGGUGGCGGGGUUCUGGUGUCUAUCUCCAGCUGUCACUGUGCGAGAGGCUGGGUCCGUCAGGAGCAACACAGAGACACAGGAUAAACAACCAUGCACACACACUCAUACUUAAGGGCAAUUUAGAGAAACCAAUUAACCAAUUAACAGUCAUGUUUUUGGGCUUGUGAGAGGAGAACAUGCAAACUCCAUGCAGAAAGAAUCCAGGGAGUCCAACACAGGCGCUUUAUGCUGCAAGAUAACUUUGCUCAAACACAAUGGGUCUUCAGAUGAAAACAUAUUGACUUUAUUUAAUAUUUCUGUGUGCAGCUGUAACAAGUUAUCGUCCUUAUCAGUUCGUGUAACACUUUUCCAGUGUAGACAAUUUUUCUAAAUGAAGUUUUGCUCAUUUUAAAUUCUUAGAUUUGCACAGAUUUAAUGUUUCAAAUCAUAAAAAGUUUUCUCGACUUAAAUGACAAACAUAUAAUAAUUAGUGUAAAAAGAAUAUCUAAUAUUUUCUCUCCAGCUCCAGUCAUGCAGCUGAAGGAAUAAGUGGUUUAUUUAGACGCAGUGAAGCUGUUGAGUGAUUCCCCCCUGUGAUCACAGGGGCAGGCUGUGCAUAUAUAAGUGGACAGGGUUUUCACGCCGCCUUGCUGAGUGGAGGGACUCACACACACUGCAGAUCCACGCGUUCAGCCUGGAAACAGACCAAGCUGCAAACUUCAGCUCACACAACCUGCUUUUGCCCAACUUCUUCAUCAGAGGAACUACAAACAUCUGAAGCUGAAAGUUUUCUGUCUGAUUCACCCCUUUUCCUUUUUGACACUGCGCUGCAGCUGGACAAGAAACUUUCACCCUGCGUGGAGAACCUGUGCGGGACAUGCGGGGGUUUGGGGCUUUGUUGGCUGCGCUUGCGGUUCUCUCGGCCGUUUUGAGGAGCUCCGAGGCCGGGGUGAGGAUGCAGAACGGCGCGCCCGGGGUGCAGAAAGCUGGAGAGGCGACGAACAGUUCCGUUGUUGACCGGGAGGAAAGCUCCAGAGCAGCGGGACAGACCACCUGCCCUGACCGCUGUCGCUGCGAGGGGGACGGGCGGCUGCACCGGGUGGACUGCUCGGACCUGGGGCUCCGGGAGAUACCGAGCAACAUGAGCGUGUUCACAUCCUACCUUGAUCUCAGUAUGAAUAAUCUGACUGGGAUGUCCAGUGGAGCUUUAUCCAACCUGUACUUCCUGGAGGAGCUACGUUUGGCAGGAAAUGAUCUGUCCUUCAUCCCCAAAGGAGCGUUUAACGGCCUCUACAACCUUAAAGUGCUUAUGCUACAGAACAACCAGCUGAAUUCAGUUCCUGCUGAAGCUUUUAACAACCUUCACAACCUUCAGUCACUUCGCCUGGAUGCCAAUCAUAUCUUCAGCGUUCCACCAGGCUGUUUCUCUGGGCUGCGUUCCCUUCGCCACCUCUGGUUGGAUGAUAACUCUCUGACAGAAGUCCCAGUUAAGGCUCUCGCAGAGCUGCCGACCCUGCAAGCCAUGACGCUCGCCCUCAACCACAUCACUCACAUCCCCGACCACGCAUUCAGCAAGUUGGGUCGCCUGGUGGUGCUGCAUCUCAACAACAAUAGGAUCGUUUCCAUGGGCACCAACUGCUUCCACGGACUCCACAGUGUGGAGACGCUGGAUUUAAACUACAACAGCCUGGUUGAGUUUCCUACGGCCAUCCGCUCACUGAGCCACCUCAAAGAGCUGGGUUUUCAUAGCAACAACAUCCAGUCCAUUCCAGAGCAUGCCUUCACUGGGAACCCCUCACUGAUUUCCUUGUUUUUCUAUGAUAAUCCAAUUCAAUUUGUGGGACGGUCGGCCUUUCAGAACCUGCCGGAGCUUCGGACACUAUCUCUGCACGGAGCAGCAGAACUCACAGAGUUUCCAGAUCUGACGGGAACCAAAAGUCUGGAGAGCCUGACCAUCACUGGAGCUCAGAUAACGUCUCUUCCCAGUUAUAUGUGUGAACAGCUUCCAAACCUGCAGCUGCUCGACCUCUCGUAUAACAAGAUCCAGACUCUUCCAAGCUUCUCUGGCUGUGAGAGCCUCCAGAAGAUUGACCUCCACCACAAUGAGAUAGAGGAGCUGAGGGAGAACACCUUUACUGGUCUGAUGACCCUGCGCUCGCUGGAUUUAUCCUGGAACCGGGUGUCAUCUGUGAAGCCAAAUUCAUUCUUUGGUCUAACAGCUCUCUCCAAACUUGACCUGUCGUCCAAUCAGCUGUCCUCUCUGCCUCUUACUGGUCUGCAGAGCUUAACUCACAUUCGGCUGGUGGGAAACGAGCAGCUGAUGGAGUUAAUACCCCGAGAAGACCUACCACGAGUCAGGUUGAUGGAGCUUCCAUAUGCCUUCCAAUGCUGUGCCUUCAUCUCCUGCGAGAAGAGAGAAGGAGAAGGAGGAGGUUUAUCCUGGGAAAGGGAGGAGGUGGCAGACUCUUCUUCAAGAGACCCUCCUUUCCAUUUCAGUCAAGUGGACCAGGACUGGGACGAUUUUCUGAUGGAGUUUGAAGAUGAGCCCAAACCUCAACACUCUGUUCACUGCAGCCCAACUCCAGGACCUUUCCGUCCCUGCAUCCGUCUUCUUGGCAGCUGGAUGAUCCGCGGCGGGGUUUGGCUCAUGGCAGGAAUCUCAUUGGUCGCCAACGGUCUCGUUGUCUUUUCAGUCUUCUUUUCUGCAGCCAGCAUGGUCACACCCCCGAAGCUCCUGAUUGGUCUGCUGGCUCUGGUUAACAGCCUAAUGGGCGUAUGGAGUGGCUGGCUCGCGGCGGUGGACGCCUGGACGUUUGGCAGCUUCUGGAGGUACGGGGUGAAGUGGGAGAGCAGCUUCCUGUGUCGCCUCAGCGGCUUCCUGUGUGUGUUUGCAUCUCAGACGGGACUCUUCCUGCUGACGGUCGCAGCUCUGGAGCGGUGUUUGUCCGGCGCAGGUGCAACACAAAGCAACAAAACCGACAGCAACAGUGGUCAUUCUUUGUCUCCGCUCUUCAUGCGUUUGUCCAUCUGUCUGUGUUUCCUGCUCGGCUUCAUCAUCACCCUGCCUCCUCUGAUGGCGGGUCACAGUAGCUCCUCCUUCUGUUUGCCGCUCCCUUCGUCGUCCUCCUCCUCCUUCCUGGCCUUUUCUGUCUCCUUGGUGCUCUUCGACUCGCUCUGUUUCCUCGUCAUGACGCUCGCCUACACUCGCCUUUACUGCCGCACCACCAAAGCUUCACCAAACUCUGAUGAUGAGGCGGUGUUGACUCGUCACGUCGCCUGGCUGCUCUUCUCCGACUGCCUCCUCUACCUCCCUGUUGCCUUUCUCUCCUUCUCCUCCCUCCUGCGGCUCCCCGCUGCCGGCCCUGAGGCAGCGAAGGGAGUCCUGCUGCUCGUGGCUCCGCUUCCAGCCUGUGUAAAUCCGCUCCUCUACCUCCUCUUCAACCCACUCGCUAGAGGGGAGUUGUCAUCAUUGGCAGCACGCACCUGUGUGGGUGCAGUGAGGUCAAAAUUACAAAGAAGGGAAGCAACAGGAGGUUGGCAACUGGAUUCGACGUAUGAUGAAGACGCAGAGAAGCAGUCAUGUGACUCGACACAGGCGCUGGUGGUUGUCGAAGGUGUGAAAGAAGAGGAGGAGCAGCAGUCGGUGUUGGUCACCCAUCAUCGUUAAAUGGACACAAAACUCACUCAUGUAGGGUUUAUUGGUCUCACCUGACAGAAGCUCGAAUAUUGGUCCCAUCGGCUGUAAACAAAAACGUUUUCAGUCUGUAAGUCAUUGCUCCGAGAUAAGUCUGUUUCAGAUGGGUCCCGUUUUUAAAGUUGAUCUGGCCCCAACCAUAAAACACCACAGAGGAUUUAUUCUUACAGAACCUUCAAAGUCUUUUUCAUUUCAGGGGUUUCAGGGAACAUUUGGUUCUCACCGGUUUUUAAAAUAAGGUAACUCCAACCUCAGCUGGAGAACAGAGCAUAAAAUACUACACUGUGCCACAUAGAACCCCAUUCUUCUUUCCAGCAUUGCUUCAGCUGAACCACAGCAUUUCCUUUAGGUUUAGAUCUGGACUUGGACUAGGCCAUUGCAUAACCCGAUUUGUUUCGUUUUUCAGCCAUUCUGAUGUAUAUCUGCUAAUGUUUUUGUUAACGGUGUUCUGUUGAUGACCCAGAUUGGUCCAUACUUGACCUGUCAGACAGAAGGACUCACAUUUGACUCCAAAAUACUUUGGUAUACAGAGGAGAUCAUGGUCCACUCAAUGACUGGAGGUUCCUGUGGCUGCAAAACAAGCCCAGAUCAUUAGCCCUCCUCCACCGUGCUUUGCAGUUGGUAUUUGUGCUGGAAGGUUAUGUUCGGUUAUGUUUUGAUGCUUCAUGAACAUCUUCUUUGGUCAUAUCACCAAUAAAACAACAAUGAAAUGUUUAGGUACAGAUUCCUUCAAUAAUCCUUUAGGUAGAUUGUAACCUUACAGUACAACAUGCAUCUUGUAGCCCAAGAGCUUAGACUGUGUAGACUGUGUACUGAUCCAUAUUGAUGAGUCUAUGGCCCAGCCACUAACCUAGGUACUCUGUAAAAUUGAGAUUCCCCCUUUAGCUUCUCCACUAAAAGUCGCAACAGGGAGAAGCAGUGAGAGGAAAGGGUAAACAAUGCCAAAGUAAAUGUGUAUAUGAUGAAUCUUUAGCCAAGCACUGCUAUGGCCAUGCUUAGGGGUUGGGGCUCCCUUGUUGCUUCUGGGCCAGGAUAAUUAGCAGCAAUUGAUGGAGCCAUGAAUACUGCUCUCUACCAGAAAAUCCUGAAGGACAACGCCCGGACCUCAGAUUGGAACCUGCAGUUGGAUUAUGCAACUGGACAAUGAUCCAAAGCACAGCAGAAGGUCCAGCUUUGGAUGACUUAAAAAAACUAAGCAAAAUGACCAAUUUUUUAGUGGCCUAAACAAAGUCCAGAGUUAAAUAUGAUGCAGAUGCUUUGGUGUGAUAUUAAAAAAACGUUCAGGGGAAAAACCUUCCUAUGUAACUGAAUUAAAACAAUUCUGCAAAGAAGAGUGGGUCAGAUUUCCUCCACAGUUGUUACUAGUUAUCACUAAUGCGUAAUGGGUGCUAUUCCUGUCAAGACUGGAACUCCCAGUGAUUAGGUUUAGGGUGUAAUUACUUUUUGAUUAUUUAAGAUGCACAUGAUUCCAGAAUCAACUGAUGAAUUUUUGCUCUACUUUACCAGCUGUUGUCAGGUGAGAUCAAACCUACAGGUCCAGCAAAUGUAGCAGCAGCUAAAGAAGAGAAGCUCCCUAUGAACUUCCCCUUUUUAGCCCUCAGUUUUCCUUUUUUUUUCCCUGCAGGGAACCGUCCAAUCUAAUCGGAGGGUUAUAGACACUCGCGGGUAUCAUGAAGGGUUUCACUUUAAAACAGGUCCCAGUUUUACAGCAACGUUCUAACAAACGCUGCAGCAAAUGUUCACGCUAACGCCUCGUGUUUCUGCGAGCGAGUGUGAAAACUGCAGCAUGCAUGAGAGUUUUGUCACAGAGUCGAACCUCAGAAUGAAAACAGGAGUCGAACCAAGAGGAGAAAAACUAGCUGGAGAAUAAAACACAAAUCAUCCAUUCAUCUAAUUUGAAAUAUUGACAUCUUUCACUGAUUAAGAUGACUGAGAUGAAUCAUUCUGGCUUUAUUUUCAGAUCCCAGGUGUCGUGUUUUUUGGGCGCAUCAUUUAUUAAAAGUAGUCUGUUUUUAUGUGUAAACUGUGUUGUAAAUAGGCGCUACUGUGACAAUCUUCGUGUUAUGUAGACUGUGAGAAAUCUGUUUUUUUAAAGGUUUUUAUUGUUUGUAUAUUACAGUUUAACACUCGUCCCUUUCAUGUCUGUCGUGUGAAGCGGGGAUUGUGAACACUGUUUCUACAUAAAUGUGACCUAAAAUACCUUCAGAUUUUCUCGACUCCCCUACUAAACCUUUGUGGGAGAAACAUUUUCUACUGCAUUUAUUUAUUUAUCUUGUUAAAAUGGUCUGGCAUUACAUAUUUUUUUAAAGGAAAAUCUUUAAUCUUUGCUUUCUGUGAUGAUUCAAUAGAUGUUAAAGAGUAAUCAGUCCUGAUUAAACCAAUGCUAAGCUUUACAUUUGUUGGGUUUUCACCUAUAAAACCGUCACUGUUUGCUCUUCCAAGCCAUUUCUGUUGUCUUUUAAAUCACAGCAUCUUUACAUAUUUUGUUUGUUUUUAUCUUGCUAAAUAAUAAACAGUUUUCUUGACAUUAUACGUAUAACAAGGAAGUGUGCCAAAUCAGCAACAUUUACGAUCCAGAAAGCCAUUUUGCAAAAUCUAAAUGACCAUUUGAGAAAAGAUUAUUUAUCAAAUUGCAAAGAAACUUUGAUUCAUAAAUAAAUUAAACAACCACAAUUCUUAUUUAGUUUUUUCAAUGUUUACUCAAAUAAAACAUUUAGCCUUUAGAAAAAGAAAAUGUAUUUCUUUUUUUUAGUAGAGUUCUCCAUAACUGUGGCAAACUAAAGGGAAAAAAGCCCAUAGUCUAAAAACAAAUUGCAAAAAGUGGAUGAACAAAUAUCGUUUUUACUUUUGGUUUGUGGAGAUUCUAUCCAAAUAUUGCAUGGAAACUCUUACAGCAUCUAAUAAAGCCUGUCUUUUAUAUUAAAAGCGCAUUUCUAAAUAAUUUUGGGCCCACAUUUUAAAAACCACUCCGUCAGAGUUAGAGACUCUUGGUCCAAACCUAUAAUACAGAACCGUGUUUCACUGUAUUCUUACUUUUCUCCAGGCUUUGCGUUUAACUGAACAGUAAACUUUGAAUUUUUAGACAUAUGUUGCAACACAAGAUUUGUUUUAAUCCUUUAUUUGAUUAAUUUGUUGAAUGUUGUGUAAAUAAUCAGGACACAGGAAUUUUCUGUACAAUUGGGCGUAUCAAAAAACUAGUAAAACUAUUUGACAAAGUAAUAAUCAAUUAAAAGUAGAAUGUUUUACAUAUUUUAAAUACUGCAACUGUUAUUAAGAUAUAAAGAGGAUCCCAAGGACAAGUGCACAAUGAAACAACAGCUUGUUAUCUCUACUGGUAAAUAUGCUGAAACAGUGCUUCAAGGUAAUAAUUGGAUAAUUACAGACAAUAACAUUGACUUCAUCAUUAUAUUGAACUGAAGCUGUCACAGAUUAAAAGAGUUCAACACCCAGAAGGUACGGUCCAGUUUGGUCCUAAAUAUUGUCCAUUAGUGUAAUCAGGCUCUUAUGGUGCCUCCAACAGUUGGUCAGAAUAGUAAGUUAAGGUCAGCAAACACAAAGGUUGCUACAUAGAUACAUUAGACAGAGUAACUGCAUUUAUGUAACGCUUUUCUAGUCACACUGACCACUCAAAGCGCGACCUGCACACAUUCCUGCACCUGUAUGCAGAUUGGUAGGCAAUUUGGCGAUAGGUGCCUUGCAGAGAGGCACAUCGACAUGUGACCAGAGGGAGCUGGAAGACCGUUACUUAAGAUAUUGUUAGGGACAUAUUUUGGGUUUGUAUGAAGCCAAGUGGUUCCAUAGUGCAUGAGCCUGAUGUUUAGCACAGUUGUCCAGACUGGAACAAAUAGCUACAUGAGGGCACCCAGUGGUAAAAAAAAUAUCCCCCUUUUCUGGGCAAUUUGCUUAAUGUGAUAAAUCAGUCCUGGUGCAACCCCCCAUAAACUCCUACACGUGCUAACUCUUUGAAAAUCGAACCAUUUACAUCCCUUUUAUUGCACUUGGACUAAAUCACCUCCAAAUCCAACCGUUCAUUCAUAGGUUUGUAACUUUGUGCUAACCUCUGCAAUCAUAAACAGCAGUAUGUGGAAACUUAACGAUGCAAUUUGUUUCACCUUGAUGAAUCAUAUCACUUUUGUUACAGCGAUGUUCAACUAACUGAACGUUUUUUGCUAUGAACAGGGUACAAUAUUGUUAUGUUUGUAUGUAUGUUGGAUUCCCUCUUAAUUUUCCUGCGUAAUCGUGUGAUUGUUCAUUUUAGUUUAUCUCACAACUUUUUAAUCUAAUUAUGUUUUUGAGCAGGUUUAUUAUUGAUAUUAGAACAUAAUUACCACCAAACUGCCGUAGUACAAAGAGCUUCCAAAUUUAAAACACUUUAAGGUGACUUCCAAGGUUACUUGUUACAAAAUUAAUUAUCAAUGUGAUUUCAUUUAUUUUACUUUGCAUUCCAUAAAUGCACAGGUGGAUGGAAAUUAUUGUUUUGCUUUCUGCUUUCCACCCCCACAGUUAGUCAUUCAUAACGACAAAAACAACAAACACUAAAUACCAAUAAGAACUUUCCUGAAAAGUUUGUCGUGAGUUGAUGUUUUUCUGUAUGUGACGUAUUGAUUUCUGGUUGAAACACAUUUUCAGUGUUGUACUUUUUAUUUAUAAUGCUUUCUCGCAGAAAAAUGUAAGACAAACAACAAAAUAAAAUGUGGGUGGAGUUUAAUCUACUACCCCGGCCCAUUACAAUAUGCUCCAUCCAUAUGUGUCUCCACAGUAACAAUCAAAAGAAUAUAUAAAAAAAGAAUAUCUACAAAGCAUGACUAUGAAUGUGUGCUGUGUUGAAGUUUGCUGCUGCACUUUUCUGUGAUCGACACUUAAAAUGUAAAAGAAAUUAUGAACACAUAAAUGGUUCUUCCUUCCAAAUGUUCUUCUUCUCCUCUUGUAAACAUUUGUAAAGCAUCUGAGUGUUUGUUGGAGUGUAGUUUGUAAUAUUUGGCUAGAAGUUAGAGCUUGUGAUGUAAAUAAAAACAGCAGUGCUUCAAA